AUGGGCAAGCGCAAGAAGUCGAGCAGACAACCACAAGGGCCCAGAAAGCGGGAGCCUCUCCCGACCGCCUUCUCCUGCCUUUUUUGCAACCAUGAGAACUCGGUCGUGGUCAGGUUAGACAAGAAGUUGGGUCUCGGGGACCUGUCCUGUAAAGUGUGUGGGCAAAAGUUUCAGACGGGCAUUAACUAUCUCUCUGCUCCGGUGGACGUGUAUUCGGAUUGGGUCGAUGCCUGUGAUGCUGUCGCCAAGGACACAGCCAACCAGUACAGUGACAAUGCGCCUGGCUUGGGCUCGCAGGACCCUACUGGCAGCAAACAAGACACCUCAACGGAAAUCGGGCAUGGAGAUGCCUAUGUAGAUGACGAUUACUGA